AUGACAACACUUUCUCCUUGCAAUAGAUAUGUCACUGUCCCUAAGUCCAGUGGAGGACUAUCUGGUCCACCAAAGAAGGGAGACGCUGUACUUUUCUGGAACAAGAGGCCUGACUGUCUCAAUACCCUUCCAGUUUGCAUUGGUGUCAUCCAGUAA